UUCUUUCUAACACCCCCAUUACUCUUGUGUCCUAUCGUCCCCACUACAUUCUUUCACUGACUCUCGUUCGUUCGUUCCCCACCGAUGAAAACCAUUAUACCACUUUUGCUGGCACUCGCGGUGUCAACGCUUGCCGCCAAUGUUCCCCGGCGUCCUCCAAGAGCGGAGCACGUCGUUCGUCAGGAGAACAACCCUGAUCCUACUGUUGGCGGUAGCCCGGAUGGAGGCUGGCAGUCAAUGCCCCAAGUCGCAGAUGCAACGGCGUAUCCAAAUUGGACGUUAAAUGAUUCUGGGGCCAUGCUCGUGGGUCCUUCGUCAUGACCUCGGAUUUUCUAUUUUCCAACGUAUGAUAUCGCAGCCUGUCUAUCAAACAACUGGGCUAAUCCCGAACGAGGUGACCAGAGCAGUUAUCGUUCUACCUGGGAAACCUCGUGAUUGCUGGUACUAUUGGAACGCUAUGAAUAACGCUCUUUAUCUGGCUAAUUAUCAGAAUUCCUCUAUCUCCCGUUCCCAAAUAUCUAUCAUGGCACCAUGCUUCUGGACUCAAGUCGAUGUGGAAGCUGGCGCAGCUCAGGCCGACGUUUUGAUCUGGGGCAUGACGACGUGGAUCAGUGGGCACGAAAAUGUCGGUCCUACCGGCGUCUCUGAUUAUAGUAGCUUCAAGGCCCUCGAUGCGUUAAUUGAGCAUUACAUGAACAAGAGUGUAUAUCCAAACCUAAAAACUGUUGUUCUGGCAGGACAUUCUGCGGGAGGUCAGACUGUCCAGCGUUACGCUGGCUUACGCCAGACAACCGAGAACGACGACCGUCUUCAUUUCUGGGUCGGUAAUCCCGGCUCACUCAUGUGGCUUUCCGCUGACCGACCGUACCCUAACGCGUCAUGUUCCGGUAUAGACGACUACAAAUACGGCUUGGCAGGCGAUUUCCCUGCGUACGGGAGUAAACUCGAUCGGGAUUCAAUUCUGUCUUUGUAUAAUUCACGGAUUGUGAAUUACGCCUGGGGAACGGCUGACAAUGGAAAUGGAGACACUAGAUGUGAGGCGGAGACACAAGGCUCUACGCACUAUACCCGAGGCCAGAAUUUUGUCAGUAUGGUUAAUGCGACUUUCGGAUGGCCAGCGAAUGCCACUGUGGACUGGGUAGAGGGCGUGUCACACGAUAAUGUGGGCAUGAUGGAAAGUGCUGAGGGAAUCGAUAAAUUAUUUGUCUACUGAUCUGGGUUAAGUUUCCUUCUACUUAGAAUCUAGAUAAUUCCUUCAUUCUUGACCCAAAUCGAGUUUUCAGGUAUACUCUACAUAGACCCAAAACCGCGUUGAGGGUUGUUUCCUAUUGUUUCAUCGUCGGUGUGGGCAGGGUAGUGUGCAUGUCAGAACUUUGAGAUUUUUGAACUCUACAAAUCGUUUAGUUUUAUGUGGCCUGAUGGUCUAGGAGUA